CUAGUAUUGCUCACCAGCGCUUCAUCUGACGACCAUCGACCAGCAUACGAUCGAACAUCACCAGAUCUGACUCAUUGAAUACCAUGCAGUACGAUACGAAGGGCAUGCCGUUCAGGCGCCUUGGCUCGAGCGGCCUGAGGGUGCCUUUGUUCUCGCUUGGAGGAUGGUUGACGAUCGGAACGACAGUGCUAGGCGAUCCGGUCAAGGAUCUGAUGAAGACUGCGUAUGAACACGGGAUCAACAUGUUCGAUAAUGCGGAGACCUACGCCGAUGGCAAGUCUGAGCUCGAGAUGGGACGCGUGAUAAAGGAACUUGGCUUCAAGCGGACAGAUAUCAUUGUGACUACCAAGCUCUUCUGGGGUACGGAGUAUGGGCAUAAUCUCGGAGGCCUGUCGAGGAAACACAUCGUCGAAGGAACGAGAGCGUCGCUUGAGCGACUCCAGAUGGACUACGUUGAUAUAAUCUUCGCACAUCGUUCGGACCCCACAGUCCCUAUGGAAGAAGUCGUGCGUGCGUUCAGCUAUGUGGUCGAUCGCGGAUGGGCGUUUUAUUGGGGUACGUCCGAGUGGGCCGCUGAUGAGAUCGAGGAGGCGCAUGGUAUCGCGCAAAGACUUGGUCUACACGCGCCCGUUGUGGAGCAGUGCGAACACAACAUGCUGCACCGCGAGCGACCUGAGAAGGAGUAUGCCGGGCUGUACAAGAAAUAUGGCAUGGGCACGACCGCUUUCUCGUGUCUUGCAUUUGGGCUACUCACUGGCAAGUACAACGACGGAAUACCUCCGGACUCGCGCCUUGCGAAGCACCAGGAUUUCAGCUUUUUGAAAGAACUGGGCGAUAGUCUUGGGACAGAGGGUGGUCAGCUCAAGAUUGGGAAGAUCAAGGAGCUUACUGCGCUUGCUGAGAAAGAAUUGGGUUGCAAAGUUGGUCACCUCGCCCUAGCGUGGGUGGCAAGAAACCCGAACACGUCAACCGUCAUCAUCGGCGCAUCGAACGUCGAGCAGCUUCUGGAUAAUCUGAAGGCGCUCGAGGUGAUCCCUAAAUUGACGCCUGAAGUGUUGGAAAAGAUCGAGGGCAUCCUGGGUAACAAGCCGGUCCCUAAGCCGACGUAUGGGAGGCCGUCGCUGGAUGCGUUUGGACGUACUUGAGAGUGAACCCUUGGAAGGUUAUGAUUGGGGAAUCGCCGGUUUCGCCGUACUGCAGGUUUGAGACAUAUUUUACAUGUGCUACAGUGUCUCUCCAGUCUUCGGCUGCAUUGAAUCCAUGCCUGCAGCUUUGCAAAGCGGCACCAUGCA